UUUUACUUUCUUCAUUCGCUUCCUUGUCUAGCUCUCCAUGCUCGCUGAACACGCCCUGCUCUAGUCAUGAGCUCCUUUCUGUCUUUCCUUAUCGCUUACCUGCUUGGAGGGAUUACACUUUUGCCUCUUUUGUUGGGGCUCCUGUUUCUAUAUGCUUACCUUACCUUUCCGAUAGCUGCGCUCGGUGAACCUGUUCCGGAACUCAAACUCGAGACCGAUGACAAUAGGAUUUUCAAAACGGACGAUGAGAAGCUUGUCAAACGCCUCAAUAGCUCUGCCGAUGUUGCUGACGGUUACUUUGCUGUUACGAGAGAGUUCGUUCCCGGCGGUGUGAAUGGGAAGCCUCCGGAACGGACGUCCCCGGCUGGCAAUACCCAUCCUGUUAGCGAAUCGCCUUCGGUUUAUCAAACUAUGUAUCGUAGCCUCUUCGAGAGAAAGGGUAGUCCCGCUACUGCCGAUGCUGCGAAGAAGGCUGGCCGUAGAGCACGCAAUGAAUUCUUUGUUGUUCUUAGGUGGGUUUCCUGCUGAAUCUAAUGUUUUACCCCACCCCUUUUCCUGACUGACUCCUGCAGACAUGGUCAUCUUAUGCUUUAUGACGACUCGGAUCAGUCUGAGGUUCGACAUGUUAUCUCGCUGAGCCUCUAUUCGGUUAGUAUCUACGGCGGAGGCGAGGAAAUACCGGAGGGCGAGCUCUACAUUCGUCGGAAUGCCAUUUGCCUUUCAAGGAAAGGCAGUGCUCUCGAUAAAGCGCUUGAUAUGGGUCAAAAUGCUAUGCCGUUUUACUUGUUCUCGGAAAAUUGUUCUCUCAAAGAGGACUUUUACUUUGCACUUCUAAAGAAUCUGGAAAAGUCCGAUGAAAUCAUCACCCCGCCUAUACCCCUCCGGUAUGAGCAAGAGCACGUCCUGUCGCUUGUCCGGCGGUUGCACUCAUCGGAGGAACAUUUACAAACCAACUGGGUGAAUGGAUUACUUGGGCGCGUCUUCCUGGCUAUCUACAAGACCUCCGAUGUUGAGAAGUUCAUACGGGCAAGGAUAACGAAAAAGAUAGCGCGAGUCAAUAAACCUAAUUUUCUUUCCAAUAUAGUAUUACAGAAGGUUCAUGUCGGUGAAGGGGUUCCUUCCAUCACCAACCCCCGGUUGAAGGAAAUGACGGUGGAUGGUGAUUUCUGCGCGGAGGCGGACCUUACAUAUGAUGGAAAUUUCCGGCUGGUAAGUUUGAUUAAUAAUUUCCCCCGCUAUUAUUGCAUGCGGAUUUGCUUAUUGCAUGGAUAGGAGGUGGCUGCCAAGGCCACUCUGCAGUUGGCUUCUCGCUUUAAACCAAGGGAGGUCAACUUGGUACUCAGUGUUACCCUCAAAAGACUGGAGGGCCAUGUCCUGAUUAGGAUCAAGCCUCCACCAAGCAAUAGAUUAUGGAUAGCUUUUGGGACCAUGCCCAAGAUGGAGCUCGAUAUUGAACCCAUUGUUGGUUCUCGGCAGGUCAUUUGGGGUCCUGUCCUGCGAACUAUUGAGGGCCGCAUACGUGAAGUAAUAGCAGAAACACUGGUUCUCCCUCAUUACGAUGACACCCCGUUUACGGAUACCAUGUAUCAAGAGGUCCGAGGUGGUAUAUGGGAAGAGCCUGCUCCCUCCGGGCCCUCGGAGGAGGGUUCCGCGGCCGAGAGGGGUUCUGUUGAUGGUGUGGAGAAGGAAGAUAACGGGGAAGCAGCGCGAGCCCCCGCCGACCCACCCCUGGGAGAGACCCCCGACAAGUCGGUGAGCGUGCCGUCCCUCCCACAAGCAGCCCUUGGGAUGGAUAGCAAGAGGGCAGCCUCGGCGAUUGGCCUAAGCGAAAGUGCAGAAAGUUCACGUGCGCCGAAAUCUCCUGGAUUGAAGUCCAGUAAUGGUGAGCGGAAGAAGAAGUCGAGCAGAGCACAGUCUUUAACGUCCAUGGCACCUCCGUCACCAGUUGUGGGUACUGAUGCAGUGAAUGUUACAGCAGUAUGGGGUAAAGACAAUGUUGUCGAUAAGGGCACUGCAACCUCUGCUGUAAUCGCAAUGAGUCGUUCCCGCUCGUCUUCGAGUCCGAAUUCACCUUCGACCAAUUCUCACCCUGUGGGGACACCACCUUCCAAAACCAAACUGUCGCAAAACUCGGAAUCCUCCGCAGAGAUUUCGAAUGACCAGAGAUCGGAAAAGAGUAGUCGUUCCUCGAUAUAUUCAGAGGCCGAAGCGGAUGAACCAGCGAUGCGGGCUGAUAGGGACCCGGUUUGCCCCCCAACCCCAAACGGUAGUCUAUCAAAUAGUCCCGCUCCGAGCUUUCUCGCAAGAACGAUGACAAAUGCAUCGAGUUCAAGCUCUACACUUAACUCACACCCAAUUAAGACCACACCUGAAAAAAUGACGGUAGCAGCGGUUGGUUCCUUAACCACAGCAGUGAAGAAUUGGUAUAAAUCCCGAAAUGUAUCUGGAGAAGCCCCAGUGGAUGCGGCGACUCAGAGUGUGCGAAGGCUUCCCCCGGCAGAAAUCCCGCUCCCCCCAACCAGGAAGACUCCGCCCAUAAAUGUGCCCAAGCGGAGAGCCGUGCCACCUCCGCUCCUGCCUGCUCGAAACAAGCCGAAGCACCAAACACUCGCCCCGCCAGUCCCGCCAAGGAGUGCUGGUGGAACGGGAUCUGAUGAAUUAUUGGUUGUUGCUGCACCAGACUCGGAACCCACAACGCCUUCCUCUGCUGUAGCCGAGGAGGGCGACAGUUACACCGCGGGGGGCGGAAGUGAGAGUUUGGGAUCGAAUAUCAUGUUUCCCGGAAAUGAAUCGUCCUCGGCUUCGGCCUCAGUUUCACCUGGCAUACCCAGGCGAGGAAGUUCGUCCCCUCCUCCCGAAGAGGGUAGUCAGUGGGAGCGAGAUCGCAAGAGACUUGCCAGGAGAAACACGGAUGAGGAAGAAACUGAGCAAUGGCAUGCGGCAGAGGAGGCCGAGUUAAGAACCAAGGUUCCAUGGGAGCCAGACGAGGCCUUAACA